UUAAGAGCACCCCGAAUGCACAGAGCCGUCGGCGCUCAGCGGGCAGGUGUGCGUCGUGCGCCUCCUCCGAAGUCGCCGCGGGGGCGCUGGCAUUCGGCCCGCCCAGCCUGCCAUGCCCGCCCGCAGAGGGCGGUGAUGGAGGGCGUGGGGGUUGGGGAGGACCGGUCGGGGAUCCCACCCCUGUGGCUGCUGCCGAGAGGAGGAGGCGAGGCCGGUCAAAGUUCACUAGAGGGCGAUGCCCGGCCCUGUGCACCUAUAUAUAGCAGGCGGAGGGCUGGAGGAGCCGGGAGCCCAGCCGCCGCCGCCGCCGCCAGACGAGCGCAGAGCCGAGCCGAGCGCGCUGCCGCCAGACGGUCGGUGCGGAAGGAGCCCGCCACCAAGUUCGCCUGCGUGCCCGCCAGCGGCCGAGCGGAGGCUCCCCCACCAUGCGCGGCGGCCCGCUUUAGCUACUCCAUGGAGCCGGGCAACUUCUACGAGGCGGACUCGCGCCCCCCGAUGAGCAGCAGCAGCAGCGGCCACCCCCACCACCCCCACCAGCGCCACCUCCACCAGCAGCCCUUGUCGGCGUCGUCGCCCGUCGCGGCGCACCCGCAGCAGCAGCAGCAGCAGCAGCACGCCGCCCACCAGCCGGGCCCCUACGGCUACCUGGCCGCGGCGUCGGAGCUGCAGCCCGACAUCUGCGAGCACGAGAACUCCAUCGACCUGAGCGCCUACAUCGACCCGGGCGCCUUCAACGACGAGUUCCUGGCCGACCUCUUCCAGCACAGCAAGCAGCAGGAGCGUGCCGCCAAGGCCGGCCUGGAGUGCGGCGGCGGCGGCGGCGGGGCAGGCAUGCCGGGCGGCGGCUUCCCGCAGGGGGGCGGCGGCGGCGGCGCGCUCUACGGCUACGCGGACAAGCUGGAGUCCAGCGCGGCCUACGAGCGCCUGGGCGCAGGCGGGCCCCCUCCGCUGCCGAGCCUGCGCCCGCUGCUGAUCAAGCAGGAACCCCACGAGGACGAGGAGGCCGGCGCGCUGGCCGCCCUCUACCCGCCGCCGCCGGCCAACUGCAGCCACCUCCAGUACCAGGUGGCGCACUGCGCCCAGACGACCGUGCACCUGCAGCCCGGCGGGCAGCCCACGCCGCCGCCCACGCCGGCCCCCAGCCCGCACAGUGGCGGCGGCGGCGGCGGCGCGCACCACCAGCAGCACCCGCACCACCACCACCACCCUCCGCCGCAUCACCACCACCACCGGCUCCACGCCGACGCCUCCGCGCCGUCGGGCAAGUCCAAGAAGUCGCUGGACAAGAACAGCAGCGAGUACCGCGUGCGCCGCGAGCGCAACAACAUCGCCGUGCGCAAGAGCCGCGACAAGGCCAAGCAGCGCAACGCCGAGACGCAGCAGAAGGUGCUGGAGCUGAGCAGCGACAAUGAGCGGCUCCGCAAGCGCGUCGAGCAGCUCAGCCGCGAGCUGGAGACCCUCCGCGGCAUCUUCCGGCAGCUGCCCGAGAGCUCGCUGGUCAAGGCCAUGGGCAGCUGCUCGUGAGCGCCCCGACGGACCCCGGCGGCAGCCGCCCUCUCGGGCCGGCGCCGCGCGCUGAAAGCCGCGCUUUUACGCCCUCGCGGGCCGGGGACAGUGGGAGGGACUGGCUGGCUUCCCCGGCUUGGAAGGAGACCGAGACGCUCUUCCGUAGGACCCCUUCACCGAGAGAGCGCGGGCGGGUUCUGGGGCUUGAGCCCCGUCUGCAGGGCUGACCUGGCUCCUGAACUGUGCCGGGACUCGCCGCCACUGCGGGACUGCCUGGCGCAACGCCCGGGGGCUGGCCGCGAAUCCGCCUGCGUGAGAGCUGGAGCCGCCGGUGGGGCUCCGCCGUUCAGGGGCUCAACUGCACACACUGACUUGCUGGCGAGGGGUGCGGGGAGUGGGCUGGGGGACCUGCGGGCGUCCCGAGAGACGAGUGCAAUGCCGGGGGACCCUGCGGCGGAGCGAGGGGGACUCGGUGGGGGAGGCUGCCGCGCCUGUGGGUCGGGCGGCAGCAGCAGGUCGCCGAGCCAAGGGAGCUCCGCCAGCGCCGCCUCGGGACGAGCCGGGCUCCUUCCCACCCCGCCGAAGAGCCGCCUGUCCCGAGGGGAGCCCCGUGGCGCUGCCGGCGGCGGCGGCGGCUCUUCUUGCCUUGUCCCCGCUUCGCCGCGCGGCUGGGCUGGGCUGCUGCCGCGCCGGCCCUCCCCGCUCCCUCCAUUCGGUGCCUUUUUCUGUACUGUGAGAGUCGAGAGCUCCCUCUUCUCGGCACAUUUGCCGCCGGGCCACCCUGCCCGCCUCGGGCUGCUCGCUCAGGAGCUUUGCCGAAGUGCCACCAGCCGGGGCUCCUAGCCCGGUGCCAGCGGGGCCCUUUCUUGCCACUUCUUCUCCUCCUCCUCCUCCUUUGGGUCUGUUUAAUGUUGGCUUCCUUGGCUGGGGGGCUUCUUCGGAGCUGCCUCCGUCGCUCCAGCUGGUGUGCCCGGCGAGGAAGGAGGUCGCUUGAGGGCAGGUCGAGAGAAUUUGGCUCUUGCACGCCUGGCGAGCCCCCUCACCUCUUGGGGAUGCCAUUGCCUCGUGGUUCUGACUAUGUGGUAUUUCCAGUCCGGGGAGGGAGGGAGGGGGAGGCCCUUCUGCUCCGAGCACUUUUUGACCAGCUGGUGCUUCUCCUCUUAAGAAACAGCACUGGGAGAUGCAAGACAGACGAACCAAGUGCCAAUUUUUAAUUUCUCAAAAGACCAGGUAGAAGAACUAUUAUAUUUUCUUAAGUGUGAAUACCUGGGAACUGUGUUUUAUAUAUAUGAUAUAUUUUGAAACGACAAACAUACUGCAUUUUAAAGAUCCUGGUUAAAAUGCAUAAAUAAAAUGUACAUGUUCUGCCUUGA